GCCAAACUCUUAACGCCGCGAGCUUAAGAAGUUCUGAUUGACAACAAGAAAUUGAAUAACCCUUGUGGGAAUGGGCGCUUAUGCAUCCCUGCAUACGUCACAAACAACCUCCACUGCCAUUGCCCUUCUACGAAUGAUAUCGAUGGUGAUCCAAAUCCUCAGUACCCGACAGGUCGGACACGCGGUAAGAACGAUAGCCACAUCACCAAUUGGCGUGCGGUUGGCAGGACGUUCCUAGUGGUCCCAUCGCGGGGGGUACUUCUCGACCGAAACCCCCAAUAAGACCUCCAACUAGACCUAAACCUAAACCAGGCCAAUAAUGCGGAGGGAUAGUAAAUCCUUGUAGGAGCGUCCGAUUGUACGUUGGGAGCAAUGGGAUGGUCAGGUUGAUCCUGGAUUCGACCCUGGGCGCUUAUAAGGCGCUUAAAUAUUAUACAUUUCAUUUGAAAGUGGAGAGGAGGAUCAGGGAGGAUCAUAUGAGUCUGAGAGACACUUUUUCAACGUCAUUUGUUCAAAGCACCAAAAGGAAAGUUCGCCCACUUAAGCCCGUGAAGCUUAAAGGGCGAAGCUCUGAGAUGAUGCUUAUGGCAUGCUCCGGCAUGUGCCAGUCGUAUUUGGAACCAGCUAAUCGAUGUGUUUGUCCUUGCUAUCAAUCUACCACAGAUCGCAUGGCUUCGUCAGAAAGAGAAUCAGCGGCCCCCGGUUCCCAAGAUGAAAACAAAUCGGAGAUACCGAUCGCGAAAGCUGCAGUACCAACGAACAAAGCAUCAGAGGAGAAGGCUCAGUCUAGCACAGGAUCGGGGCCUGCGAAUGGGGCUGCUGCUCCCGGUACUGCUCCUAUCUGCUGGACAGCAGCUUGUGGCAGAUUCCGAUUCAGAAUCAGAGGAGGAGGAAUGGGACAUGUCGCGCAUGGGAUUCAGAGGACCCAUUGGCGUCCCCGUUACAGGCGGUGGAAGCCUCAAACGACCCAUGCAGAAACCCCGACCUAAGCCCUCUACGUAGAUCAGGAGGCGAGAGUAUUUGUACCACCUUAUCUUGAGUGGGGGAGACACUUAUAACACAAACACUUUCAUCCGUUGUGUGUGGCUA